AUGAAUUCGACUACAUCAUCUAAAGAUAAUCCUUUAAAUAAGAUCAUAGGAUUGUCUGUGGUUUUAUCAAUGGGGUUCCUUCUAGUCGUUUUGGCAGGAAUAUAUGGCAAUUGGUUUCCGAUUAUCAAUGGUGUAAUAUUUGCCAUUGCACAUUUGCCAGUUGCUAUAACGAAAGCUAUAGCUGAUUCUAAUGAUUAUGACUUCAGUUUUGAUCCUGUGUCGUCCUCUCGAGGAAGCGUUUUAAAAGAGUUUGGCCAGUUUACUUCAGCAUUUUUAGUAGUUACAGGAUUUUAUUUACCCAUAUUAUUACACCAUUCUCAUAUAUUAACAAAAGUUGCUAUGAUAUUGACAAUAAUAGGCGGAAGCUUAAUUUAUGGUACUGUUUUCAAAUUUAGCCUGUACUUUGACGAAAGUGAGGACCAUGAAGCAGAAGAUUUUGGUGGUGUUAUUUAA